CAUACUCCUUUUUCCAUCUUUCUUCGUUUUAAGCUUCGUGAUUAUCGUAGGGCGGUUAUAAGUAACGAUUAUGGAGUAUAAUCAGUUUUGGUUUUGGAGGAUAUGAUUCGAGGUUAAAAAGGUUUCUGAGCUUGUUUUUGUUUGUUUCCUGAGGAUUUUGUUUUGGUUUUUAGUGUUGUUUCAUAGAAAAGGAAAAGCUUUUCAAGUUUAUAGAGUUGCAUAUAGAUAGAUAUUUAUAUAAGAAAUAUUAAAUGGCACCAGCGACAGCGAGUAACAGGCUUUCAUUUUCACUAUCUCCAAUGGAGAUGUUGAGGUCAUCAUCUGAGACAAAGUUUGUGUCAUAUGAAGGAUCUUCAGCUGGUGUUGCUCCCUCUCCUCAUUUCCUUAUCGAUAACUUCUAUGCCAAUGACUGGAGGGACCCAAAACAACAAGUGUUUUUUACGCAAGGAGUGAACCAAAGCAAAGAAACUCAAGCACCGACCAUGGCAUAUGAAUCUCCCAUCCUCACAAGCUUCCACCAUCAAGUACCGAAGCUUGAAGACUUCCUUGGCGACUCAUCGUCGAUUGUUCGGUACUCAGAUAGCCAAACCGAAACACAAGACUCGUCUUUAACCCAAAUCUAUGACCACAGCGGCACUGCUUACUUCAAUGAGCACCAAGAUCUCAAGGCCAUUACUGGGUUCCAAGCGUUUCCCGUAAAUUCUGGAUCAGAAGUCGAUGAUUCGACUUCAAUGGGUCGAACUCAAUUGACUGCCGUUGAGUUUCCUGGUCAUUCCAAUGGUGCAAUUGGUGGUGCUUUGUCACUCGGGGUAAAUCAAAGUUGCGAAAAUAGCACUAAUAAAGCUAUUGCUUCAGUUGACUCGGAUAACGCGAAGAAGAUUGUUGAUACUUUUGGUCAGCGAACUUCAAUCUACAGAGGUGUCACCAGACACCGAUGGACGGGCAGAUACGAAGCUCAUCUAUGGGACAACAGCUGUAGGAGAGAGGGUCAGGCUAGAAAAGGGCGUCAAGUGUACUUAGGUGGCUAUGAUAAAGAAGAAAAGGCAGCUAGAGCUUACGAUUUGGCAGCUCUAAAGUACUGGGGUCCGACUGCCACCACCAACUUCCCGAUUUCAAAUUAUUCAAAAGAGUUGGAGGAGAUGAAACACGUGACCAAGCAAGAGUUUAUUGCAUCUUUAAGGAGGAAGAGCAGUGGAUUUUCAAGGGGAGCUUCGAUUUACAGAGGUGUGACAAGGCAUCAUCAGCAGGGUCGAUGGCAAGCAAGGAUCGGUCGUGUUGCAGGAAACAAGGACCUUUACCUAGGGACUUUUGCUACUGAAGAGGAGGCAGCAGAGGCCUACGAUAUCGCAGCCAUCAAGUUCAGGGGUGUGAAUGCAGUGACCAACUUCGAGAUGAACCGUUAUGACGUCGAAGCCAUUUCCAAGAGUUCUCUCCCCAUUGGCGGGGCAGCUAAGCGGUUAAAGCUAUCCCUCGAGUCUGAGCAAAAACCGAACGUGAACCACGAACAACCCCAGUGCAGCUCCAACAGCAACAAUAUAAAUUUUUCUCGCAUCCAGCAGCCAAUAUCUACUAUUCCUUGUGGAAUAACUUUCGAUGCUGCUGCAUUUUAUCAGCAGAAUCUCUACCACCACCUUCAUGCUGCAAACAUCAGCUUCUCCGAUCCCCCUGGUACUUCCUCAACAAUGGCCACCCCAAUGACCUUAAUGUCACAGUCGGCAGCCGAUCAGUUCUUUUGGCCUAACCAGUCUUGCUGAAAUGACCGAGCCGGGUUUUUUUUUUAACAAGGAAUAGUUUGCAAUUCAGCUAACUUAGUUUGCAACAGGCGGCAUGUUACCUAACCAUCACAAUUUGAUCUAUA